AGCUGCCUCAGCCCGAGGUAAUCUCGGCCCCGCGCUUAGGACGCGCGGGGCCGGGGGCGGAGGGACAGCUGCGGCCCCGCGGAGGAGGGGCGCCGGGGGAACGGACCCGGGGCUGUGGGCGGCGGCGCCGCCGGGCCGGACUCCCGGGAAUGCCCUCUGGGGGCGCCGCGUGGGGUGGGGCCGCCCGGCCCUGCAACUCGAGCUGUUGCCCCUGGUUAAAAAUACCCCCUGUCCUGUCCUCUCCCUCCCCAUCCCCCGCGGUGCCCUUCCGCCCGGGCCCCAGCCCUCCCCACCCCGACUGGCGCUGGCCCCUCCCCGGGGACAACUCUGCCUUUUACUAAUUUGUCCUCUCGCGCAGUUGGCCCGGCGUCUGCGGAGGGAGGGGCGGGAGACACCGUGAGUGAGAGAGAUAGUCUGAGAAGGUGCCCGAGAGAUAAGGGAGUGCAGAGAGGAAGCGGGGUUGGAGCCCGAGGAGGAGGAAGAGAAGGAGCAGAAGGAGGGAGGGAGGGAGGAGGGCGGAGGGGCCGCGGGAGGAGGGCGGGGAGGAGCGCUCUUCCUGGUUGGGCCCUGUCCUCAGCUGCCACCGGGGAAGCCAGCCGCAGGGACCGCAGCGACCCCCCGAACACUCCUCCCCCAGGAUGGCUGAGGAGGUCAUCACUCCGGUGUACUGCACCGGGGUGUCUGCACAAGUGCAAAAGCAGCGGGCCAAGGAGCUGGGCCUGGGCCGCCAUGAAAACGCCAUCAAGUACCUGGGCCAGGAUUAUGCUCAGCUGCGGGCUCACUGCCUGCAGAGUGGGGCCCUCUUCCGUGAUGAGGCUUUCCCCCCAGUGCCCCAGAGCCUGGGCUUCAAGGACCUGGGCCCUAGCUCCUCCAAAACCUAUGGCAUCAAGUGGAAGCGUCCCACGGAGCUGUUCUCAAACCCCCAGUUCAUCGUGGAUGGAGCCACCCGCACAGACAUCUGCCAGGGAGCACUGGGGGACUGUUGGCUCCUGGCGGCCAUCGCCUCCCUUACCCUCAAUGACACCCUCCUGCACCGAGUAGUUCCACAUGGCCAAAGCUUCCAGGAUGGCUAUGUCGGCAUCUUCCAUUUCCAGCUGUGGCAGUUUGGGGAGUGGGUGGACGUGGUGGUGGAUGACCUGCUGCCCACCAAGGACGGGAAGCUGGUGUUCGUGCACUCUGCCCAAGGCAACGAGUUCUGGAGUGCUCUGCUGGAGAAGGCCUAUGCCAAGGUGAAUGGCAGCUACGAGGCCCUUUCAGGAGGCAGCACCUCCGAGGGCUUUGAGGACUUCACAGGUGGGGUCACCGAAUGGUACGAGCUGCGGAAGGCGCCCAGCGACCUCUACAGCAUCAUCCUCAAGGCGCUGGAGCGAGGCUCCCUGCUGGGCUGCUCCAUUGAUAUCUCCAGCAUUCUGGAUAUGGAGGCUGUCACCUUCAAGAAGCUAGUGAAGGGCCACGCCUACUCUGUGACCGGGGCCAAGCAGGUGAACUACCAGGGCCAGAUGGUGAACCUGAUCCGGAUGCGGAACCCCUGGGGCGAGGUGGAGUGGACAGGAGCCUGGAGUGACGGCUCCUCGGAGUGGAACAACGUAGACCCUUAUGUUCGGGAGCAGCUCCGGGUCAAGAUGGAGGACGGGGAGUUCUGGAUGUCUUUCCGAGACUUCAUGCGUGAGUUCACCCGCCUGGAGAUCUGCAACCUGACGCCCGACGCGCUCAAGAGCCAGAGGUUCUGCAACUGGAACACCACCUUGUACGAGGGCACCUGGCGGCGGGGGAGCACCGCGGGGGGCUGCCGCAACUACCCAGCCACCUUCUGGGUGAACCCCCAGUUCAAGAUCCAGCUGGAGGAGACGGAUGACCCAGACGACGACUACAGCAGUCGGGAGUCAGGCUGCAGCUUCCUGCUCGCCCUCAUGCAGAAGCACCGGCGUCGGGAGCGCCGAUUUGGCCGCGACAUGGAGACCAUAGGCUUCGCUGUCUACGAGGUCCCUCCGGAGCUGAUGGGCCAGCCGGCCGUGCACCUGAAGCGGGACUUCUUCCUGGCCAACGCGUCUCGGGCCCGCUCCGAGCAGUUCAUCAACCUGCGGGAGGUCAGCACCCGCUUCCGCCUGCCGCCCGGGGAGUAUGUGGUGGUGCCGUCCACCUUCGAGCCCAACAAGGAGGGCGACUUUGUGCUGCGUUUCUUCUCAGAGAAGAGCGCUGGGACCCAAGAGCUGGACGACCAGAUACAGGCCAAUCUCCCUGAUGAGCAAGUGCUCUCAGAAGAGGAGAUUGAUGAGAACUUCAAAUCCCUCUUCAGACAACUGGCAGGGGAGGACAUGGAGAUCAGCGUCAAGGAGCUGCGGACCAUCCUCAACAGGAUCAUCAGCAAACACAAAGACCUGCGGACCAAGGGCUUCAGCCUGGAGUCCUGCCGCAGCAUGGUGAACCUCAUGGACCGUGAUGGCAACGGGAAGCUGGGCCUGGUGGAGUUCAACAUCCUGUGGAACCGCAUCCGGAAUUACCUGUCCAUUUUCCGGAAGUUUGACCUGGACAAGUCGGGCAGCAUGAGUGCCUACGAGAUGCGGAUGGCCAUCGAGUCUGCAGGCUUCAAGCUCAGCAAGAAGCUGUACGAGCUCAUCAUCACCCGCUACUCGGAACCCGACCUGGCUGUGGACUUCGAUAACUUCGUGUGCUGCUUAGUGCGGCUGGAGACCAUGUUCCGGUUUUUCAAGACCCUGGACACGGAUCUGGAUGGAGUCGUGACCUUUGACUUGUUUAAGUGGUUACAGCUGACCAUGUUCGCAUGAGGGGCUCUUGCAUGAGCCCCUUGCUGUGCUUCUCUGCCCUCCUCGUCUGCCGGGCCGUGCCUUCCCGCCACGCCACGCCAGGCCACACCAGCUGCAAGUGCCUUCCUUGGAGCAGGAGGCGGCCUCGUCCUCGUCCUCACCUCCCGGCCGCCCCAGUUCAUUUGUUCUGGGCAGAGCUGUGUGACCCUCCCUGCCUCCACUGGCCACGGGCUCAGAUGGACUCCCCCAGCCCCUCCGGUUGCCAAACUGGGAAGGCAGCUUUUGCUAGUUUCUGCCUCAGGAUGGGGCCCCAGGGGGAGCUGACGGCCCCAGGCCUCUGGACAUCCUGAUGUGUCCCCUCCCCUCCCUCCACAGGCCACCCAUUCCACCCCCAAGCCCACCACGCCCACCUGCAGACUUUAAACUAUAACCACUAGCUCUGCACAGCCUGCCGUCUAGCCGUGCGGAGCGCCCUCCCAGCUGGGGCCUGCUCCGCAGGGCUGGGAGUGAAUGCCUGUUCCUUCCUGUGCCGAAGCCCGUGCCCCCCUCUGCCCCACACUCCCCCCAGCCCUGUCCCCACUUGCCGACCAGGAGCGGCCUGGCCUGCGGGGUGGUCAGGCCUUCCCUCCCUCCCUCCUUUUUUAUAUUGGUGAUUUUAAAGGGGCCUCUGUGGGGACUGAUGUACCACCUACGGGGGUGCCAGAGGCACCUGGGCAUGGGGUGGGGCAGUCUCAUGUUUCCAUGCAGAGAAACCCCAAAUAAUAAAGGAAACGGCCCCA